AGAUGGAUAGUUAGAUAGAAAACCCUAAUUCCGAUUCUGAGAGCAGUAGAGAGUAACCAUGGCAGUUCCUUUGCUUACAAAGAAAAUCAUCAAGAAGCGCGUCAAGAAAUUUAAGCGCCCUCAAAGUGACCGCAAGAUCUGUGUCAAGGAAAACUGGCGCAGACCCAAGGGUAUUGACUCUCGUGUCAGGAGAAAGUUCAAGGGAUGCACCUUGAUGCCCAACAUUGGUUACGGUUCAGACAAGAAAACACGUCACUAUUUGCCUAAUGGUUUCAAGAAAUUCCUUGUUCACAAUGUGAAAGACCUUGAGCUUCUCAUGAUGCACAACAGGACUUACUGUGCCGAGAUUGCUCACAAUAUUUCAACAUCGAAGAGGAAGGAAAUUGUUGAGAGGGCAGCCCAACUCGAUGUUGUUGUGACCAACAAAACGGCCAGACUCCGCAGCCAAGAGGAUGAAUAGAUUCCUGUCAAAGUCAUUUAUGUUUUGUAGUGAGCUUUUAUUGACACCUUUGAUCUUAGGUUUUGGUCAAUUUUGGUUGUUUUUCAAUCCAAAACUUUUUGCUUCUAGACAUUUAAUAUGUUUCCUAUUUAUUGUGUCACAAUAUUUUCGAUUGCUAUUGUGAAAUUAUCUUGGGUAUUA